AUGUAGUAGUAAUUUAUGGCAAUAUUUAUUACGCUCCUUCACGCAAGGUUCUGUUAGUCAUAUUAAUAAACAAUUAUAUUCAUUAUUACCAAAAUAAUGUUACUGAUUAUUAUUGCCUGUUGUAUUUUGUAGUAUUUAUUCGACAAAUUUUUUCCUGAGUUUAAUGAAACCAAAUGUGGUAUUACAAAAAUAUUUAAGUUAUUUAAGUCACAGAUCGCUCUUAUGAGAAAGAGAAAGUAUAGGUAUGGCUAUCGCCAUAUAAUCGUGUUAUUAGGAUUCCUGGGCAAUUUUGUCUUGUACAUUACACGGCUGACGUUCAACGCAAUGGUUUUCCGCAUGACACCCAAGACCUUAUUUUUCCCUAACAUAUCUGACCCCGGAGAAUGUCCUCUCAAAAAAGGCGCCACGUGGAUCGAUGGGGGUCCGAACAUGGAAACUUACACCUGGACGGGUGUCGAGAGAACCCACCUUAUGGUAUCGUUUUACUACGGGUACCUUCUAAGCCAAAUACCGUCGGGCUAUCUCGCCGAGCAGUAUGGAGCGAAACGGCUGUUCGCCCUGGGCGUCGGUGUGUGUGGUUUCCUGGCGUUUCUGAUGCCACUGGCUGCGCGAUAUGGAUAUACGGCGUUGUUAUGUACCCGUUUGUCGAUGGGAAUUUGUCAGGGUUUCAGCAUUCCGGUUCUUAGCACCAUCUUUGGCCGCUGGAUUCCGCCAUUAGAACGCACCCAACUCCUGGCCUUUGCCGCUGCCGGUGUGCCCGUGGGCAUCGCCUUGGUGUUUCCCAUUAGUGCCGGCUUCGCCGAGUUGUACGGUUGGUCCAGUGCUUUCUACUUUGCCGGGACCGUUUCCCUAAUGUUUCUCAUGGCCUGGAGCGUCUUUGUCUUCGACUCCCCGGAGGAGCAUCCCUUUAUUACCGGCAUGGAGAAGAGCUACAUUAUCAGCUCCAUCGGUGCGCCUGCCAUGGGCGUCAAACCUUCAACGGUGCCGUGGAAGAGUAUGGCCACAUCUGGACCGUUUUGGGCACUUGUGUUGUGCUCGUGGUGUGCCGAUUGGGGAUCGUUUAUGCUGAUCAAUACCAUUCCGUUGUACCUCCAGGGUUAUUUCAAGUUGAAUUUGCUAACCACCGCCGACUACAUGGCCAUUCCGUACGCUGUAACGAGCAUUAUCGUCGCUUCCCUGAGCUCCGUGGCCAACUACCUAAUCUCCAAGGAGAAAUGCACCCGGACGGUCCUACGGAAGAUCUCCACCGCCAUUGGCACUUUCGUCCCGGGCAUCCUCCUGAUCGCACUCUCCUUCCAGGUUUGCUCCUUUACCACGGCCAUCACUCUCUUCACCCUCAUCACCGGCUUCAGCGGCUUCUGCAAUUUCGGCUUCCGCGUCAACUUCAACGACAUCUCGCCCAGCCACGCCGGUCUCCUGUGGGGCAUCGCUACGACCAUCGGGACUAUUUCGGGCGCCAUUGUCCCAUGGGUGACGCGGGCGUACAUCGGGCAUCCCGGUGCCCAGACACAGGGAAAUUGGCAGAAGGUGUUCCUGAUUGGUGCUGCGCACUAUAUUGCGGGUGGGAUUUGCUACAGCCUACUGGGAUCCGGGGAACAGCAGGUGUGGGAUCAUAAGGAGAAAGGGUUCGAGGCGCGGCGCACCUCACCGGAAUCGUUGUGGGAGAAGUUGCGGAAAGAUGGGCAUUGGCGGUUUCCCAUGCCGAAGGAGAAGAAAUCUAUACCGCCGUGGAUACCGCCCAGUGGCGAGGCGGAGCUGACGACGGGAACGUUGGAACGUCAAGAAGCCCGGCGACGGAGCAGCAUCGUGCCACCCAUGUGAUGGCUUUCUGUUUGGUUUUUUGCCUGUGAAUUUACGUUGUAUAUAAAACAUUUGUAACCGUAUAUGGAUCCUUUUGUAUUCCAAGUUUUCCAAGUGUGCCCGAAAAAGGUCGAUAUCCUACAACUGUAAUUUUCAAACCAUUCCAGAAAUUGGGGACAGCGCUGUCUUUAUGAAGUUUUAAGAUCUGUAGCAGCUGCAUGCAAAAUUUUAAGUUUUUUGUGCUGAUAGCAGCAAUCUGAGCCCUUUCAAAACCAAAAUAGCGAAAUGGUA